UUCUUUAAAUCCGCCAUUUCAACCAGUCGGACGGUAACUGCGUGCCGCCCUCAACGUGAUUUUGCGAGUUGUGAUUCGUAAAACUUAAAAUAUACGAAUAAUAUACCUGCAUGCAUUAGGAGUUUUUCUUGGAAGAGUUUAAUUUCAAGCAAAUCUCUCCGGAAAAAUUGUUGGAUACCAACGAUUGAAUAUCACGUUCAAAAUGUCGACUGAGGCUGCACCGGAGAAACCAGGCCAGGGUGAGGUGAAUGGCAAGGCCAACCACGAAUCCAGGAAGGAGAGGCCCCAGAAACGCGGCGGUGGCGGCGGGCGCUUUGAACCCUAUGGAAACCCCAAGAGAUACCGGGUCUUUGUCAGUAACAUUCCCUAUGAUGUUAAAUGGCAGGCACUCAAAGACCUGAUGAAGGAGAAAGUGGGUGAGGUUACGUACGUGGAACACUUAACGGACGCAGAAGGAAAAUCAAGGGGCUGCGCGAUUGUCGAGUUCAGGACUGAGGAGCUUAUGAAGAAAGCUGUGGAGAAGGUCAACAAGCACACGUUCAAUGGACGUCCUCUCAAAGUCAAAGAAGACCCUGACGGUAUGAUCGCCCAGCGCGAGGCCCAGAGGUCCCAGGGAGGCGGCGGAGGAGGCCACCCAGGCGGCAUGGGAGGCAACAUGGGUGGCAUGGGCGGUGGGAUGGGCAACAUGGGUGGAGGCAUGGGUAACAUGGGCGGAAACAUGGGAGGGGGUAUGGGCAACAUGGGAGGUGGGAUGGGCAACAUGGGCGGAAACAUGGGAGGAGGAAUGGGCAUGGGUAUGGGCAUGGGGCCUGGACCAGUCAACAUUCCUCCCAGCCUCCUCAACAACCCCAACAUCCCCAACGAGAUCAUCCACGGUCUGCAGAACGGAAAGAUUGGAAGCACCGUGUUUGUUGCCAAUCUGGAUUACAAGGUCGGCUGGAAGAAACUGAAGGAGGUGUUUGGCAUGGCAGGGGUGGUGGUUCGUGCAGACAUCCUUGAAGACAAGGAUGGCAAGAGCAGAGGAAUGGGAACAGUUACCUUCGACCUCCCCCUUGAAGCUGUCCAGGCUGUCUCUAUGUUCAAUGGACAACUCCUCUUCAACCGCGUCAUGCAUGUGAAGCUGGACGAGAAGUCUCUGCCAAAGGGAGACUUCGCACCUCCAGAGAGGCCACCUGCUCUCCCCCGUGGCCUUAGUGGAAUCGGUCUUGGACUUGGACCUGGUGGCCAACCCAUUGAUGCCACCCAGAUGAACCGCGGAGGCGGCGGUGGUGGUGGUGGCGGUAACGGAGGAAUGGGCAACAUGGGUCCUGGAGGAAUGGAUGGAAUGGGCUUUGGUGGCAUGGGUCGCAUGGGAGGAAUGGACAACUUUGGCGGUGGCAUGAACAACAUGGAUCGCUUCGGACCCUCUGGGGGAAUGGGAAGAAUGAAUGACAUGGAUCGUAUUGGUGGAGCCUUUGACAGAGAAUUUCGCAACGACAUGGGCAUGUCUCGCAAUAACUUUGGCGACUCUUUCGACAGGGGAAUGGGCAACUCGAUGGGAAUGGACCGCAUGAACUCCGGAAUGGACAGAAUGGGCUCCGGCAUGGACCGCAUGUCCGGCAUGGACCGAAUGGGUAUGGACCGCGUGUCUGAUCUGGACAGGCUGGGGGGUUCUGGCUUUGACCGCAUGGGUUCUGGGCUGGACCGGCUGGGGCCCAGUAUGGACAGGCUGGGUGGUACCGGCCUGGACCGCAUGAGCUCCAGCGUGGACCGGCUAGGCCCUGCCGGCUUUGACCGCCUGGGCCCGUCCAGUUUAGAGCGCAUGAGCGGCGGGGGGAGCCUGGACUUCAACUCCCCCAUGGGUGGCGGCAUGAACAGGAUGAACACUGACCUAGACCGCAUGGGUGGCUCCAACUUCGACCGCAUGGGCUCCGUUGGAGGCAUGGAUCGCUUCCCCACCGCCGGCCUCGACCGCAUGGCUUCCAACAUGGACCGCAUGGGCAACACCGGAGUGGGAGGAGGCCAGUUCGACAGACCCGCGGAGAUGGACCGCGGCAACUUCAACAACAAUAACCUCCCCUUUGGUGGCGGAGCGGGCAUCGGAGGCGGCGGUCCUGGAGCAGGGGUGAACGCCAGGAAGGGCUGCCAGAUCUUUGUCAGAAAUCUGCCGUUUGACUUCACCUGGAAGAGUCUAAAGGAUACCUUCAACUCAUGCGGAAUUGUGCAAUAUGCUGAUAUCAAGAUGGAGAAUGGAAAGUCCAAGGGAUGUGGUGUGGUUCGUUUCGACAACCCAGAGACCGCGGAGAGGGCGUGCCGCACCAUGAAUGGCUACAGGCUGAACGGAAGAGAAAUUGACGUCAGGAUCGACAGGAACGCAUAAGCCCCCACCCACCCCCACUGCAGUUCAUCUCAGCUGAUACAUCCUGUCCUCUGACCCACGACCUUCCACAGUUUUUCGAUGUUCGUGAUGGUGCAUUUUAUGUCUGCACUUUUUAAGUUUUUUGGCUAAAUGAGUUUUUAGUGACCAAAUUUUAUUUUUUUUCCCCUCAGUGUUCUUGUUCUUGCCUUUUUGUGUAAAGGUUUGUUAAUAAACAUCAAAACCUUCACGUUUUUUCAA